CUGAUUUAUUUUGCACUGACCUGUGUUUUCUUGUUCAGACUCCAGUCUUGUUGUGGUUCAGAGAUAUGACGUGAGCAAUAAUGCCUGCACCAUCCCUGGUUUCUCUUAUGCUGAAAUAUAAUGGAAUAUAAACAUCAGUUACUAAUAGUUUCAGAGAAGCCACUGAAGACUAAACUGGUUAUGAAGCAGCCAUGCACCUGAACCGACUUGUAAAACGGGAAACCCUUGGAACAGAUCAGCAGAUCAUGGCAGAGAGAAGCUGCACGUCAGGACAAAAAAGCCCAGAAUCUUCAGUACAGAACAGGGCUGAGCUAGAAAAACAGAUCUACAACUUCCUGAAACAUAAUGGACAACAGAAAGCUGUCACUAUUGGAAAGGCUUUACAGACAGAAAAAAAUAAAAUCAACUCCGUUUUGUACGACAUGAAAAGCAAAAACCUACUCAGUCACAAUGAGAAGAUGUGGUCAGUCACACAGGUCACAAGCCAAGGUGAUUUGCUGCCAUCUGAACAACAGAGUUCCUCAGACAGAAGGCUGUCAAAUGCAGAGCAAGGGACCAAGCUAACAAAGCCGCGUGAUUUGCUGACAUCUGAACAGAGUUCCUCAGAUAGAAGCCUUUCAAAUUCAAAGCAUGGGACCAAGCUAACAAAGCUACAGAAAGAUAUCUACUUGUUUUUAAAAGUCAACGGGCAGUCGAAAGCCCUCAACAUUGCCCAUGGUGUAAACAAAACAACUGCACGUGAGGUGAAUCCUGAUUUGUAUCAACUGAAUACGAUGAAUUUGCUACAAAAAGAUCCCUUGACCAAUUUGUGGUCCGUCAAACCAGGAAUGGAAGAAGAAAGAGCCCAAAAAUUUCCCCUUUGCGACCCUGUUGGGACGGACGUAAAAACCUGUAAUUGUUACUUGUGUCAGCUUGAGCAAAGCCUGAAACUCAGGGACAAAAUGCUGGAUAACACUGAUGUAUCCCAAAGUGAGUCUGUGGCAUAUUUUGAUAAUGUACAACCUGAGAACCUCUCAGAAAUCUCCGAUGCACUAGAAAAAAUGACUGUAGCUGGAGAAGCCACCAAUGAUCCCCAGAGAUAACGAAGGAGGAGAAGAUCCAUCUCAGUGAAGACUUUUUAUUGAGGAUAUAAAGCAUUACCUGUUAAACUUGCCCAUGGUGGGUGGGAAAAGCCAAUACUAAGUUCUGCUCAUCUCUCAUAUCUUCUCUCAGUUAGGGAAGAAAUGUUCUUUGUUACAUUGCUGAAAUCUGCUGGAUUAAAGCACAAAAGGGGAGGUAUAACAAAGUUAACAAACUAAAACAGUGAUCUCAAUAAUAUCUGUAACUCUAUGAACACCUAGGGGCAGAUUUACUAAGGGUCGAAGUGAAUUCGAGGGAAUUUUUGGAGUAAAAAAAUUCGAAAUUCGAAGUAAU